UAAAUUACUCUCUCUCUUCUCUCCUCUGCAACUUCUAAUCAGAUCAUCAUUUCAUCAAAUUAAUUUUUCUCUUAGAUUUUCUCCCACUUUCUCGCCAACCAAACACUUACUCUUCACUUCAUUUGUCGAUCGGUUCUCGAUUCUCGGUUCUUGAUUCUUGCAACUGCUUCGGGAACUUCGUUUUGCUUCGGUUUUUCUUUGUGUCUGGAGUUUGAAGUGAGUGCAAUUGAGUGAAGGAGCUGGAGUUGAAGUGAGUGAUCAUGAUGGUUGAAGUAAGCUCGAGGUUGUGGUUGAAGGAUGUUGUGAAAUUAGGGUUUAGUUUGAGAGUGAGGAGGUUGGUGGAUGGACGAGUUUGAUUUUGAGAAUGGAUGAGUUUAAGAUUGUUUAGUGUGUGGAUAUUUUGGAGAUUUGAUAAGCUUUUUUACAAUGUCAAGGACUGAUAGGAUGGCUUCGGAUCUUAGCAGAACCGGCCCCGUUGAGAGAGACAUCGAGCAGGCCAUUACUGCUCUAAAAAAAGGGGCAUACCUGCUCAAGUAUGGAAGAAGGGGAAAGCCCAAGUUUUGUCCUUUCCGACUUUCCAAUGAUGAGUCUGUUUUAAUAUGGUUCUCUGGGAAAGAGGAGAAGCACCUUAAACUGAGUCAUGUGUCUCGAAUCAUCUCUGGGCAACGCACUCCUAUCUUUCAAAGGUAUCCACGGCCUGAGAAGGAAUAUCAGUCAUUUUCUCUUAUAUAUAAUGACAGAUCCCUUGAUUUGAUUUGCAAAGAUAAAGACGAAGCUGAGGUAUGGUUUAGUGGUUUAAAAGCAUUGAUUUCACGAAGCCAUCAUAGAAAAUGGAGAACAGAGUCAAGGAGCGAUGGAAUUCCCUCUGAAGCAAAUAGUCCUAGAACGUACACACGUAGAAGCUCUCCUUUAAAUUCACCAUUUGGUAGUAAUGAUAGCUUGCAGAAGGAUGGGGAUCACCUUCGCCUUCACACUCCAUAUGACAGUCCCCCUAAAAAUGGUUUGGAUAAAGCAUAUUCAGAUGUGAUACUAUAUGCUGUUCCUCCAAAGGGUUUCUUCCCUCCAGAUUCUGCAAGUGCUUCAGUUCAUUCUUUGUCUUCGGGAGGUUCAGAUAGUGUACAUGGUCAUAUGAAGGCAAUGUCGAUGGAUGCUUUUAGAGUUAGUCUAUCCAGUGCUGUUAGCUCAUCAAGCCAAGGUUCUGGUCAUGAUGAUGGUGAUGCUCUGGGUGAUGUUUUCAUUUGGGGGGAAGGCAUUGGGGAUGGUGUUUUGGGUGGUGGACCUAAUAGAGUUGGAAGUUGUUUUGCUGGGAAAAUGGAUUCUUUGUUGCCCAAAGCUUUAGAAUCUGCUGUAGUAUUAGAUGUGCAGAACAUUGCCUGUGGUGGACGACAUGCUGCCCUAGUAACCAAGCAAGGAGAGAUUUUUUCUUGGGGAGAGGAGUCAGGAGGCAGACUAGGGCAUGGCGUAGACUCUGAUGUUUUGCAUCCAAAGCUUGUUGAUUCUCUCAGUAAUAUGAACAUUGAGCUUGUUGCUUGUGGUGAGUAUCAUACUUGUGCUGUAACACUGUCUGGUGAUUUGUAUACAUGGGGUGAUGGGACUUACAAUUAUGGUCUUCUUGGGCAUGGAAAUGAAGUGAGUCAUUGGGUUCCAAAAAGAGUAAAUGGGCACUUGGAGGGCAUACAUGUCUCAUAUAUCUCUUGUGGACCCUGGCAUACGGCUGUUGUAACCUCCUCUGGCCAAUUGUUUACAUUUGGUGAUGGUACAUUUGGAGUUUUGGGCCAUGGAGAUCGGAAAAGUAUCUCUAUUCCAAGAGAAGUGGAAUCUCUUAAGGGACUCCGGACAGUUCGGGCAGCUUGUGGUGUUUGGCAUACUGCUGCAGUUGUUGAGGUUAUGGUAGGGAAUUCAAGUUCAAGCAACUGCUCCUCAGGGAAGCUAUUUACUUGGGGAGAUGGAGAUAAAGGUCGACUUGGGCAUGGGGACAAGGAAGCCAAACUUGUGCCUACAUGUGUUGCUGCUCUUGUUGAACCCAACUUUUGUCAAGUUGCCUGUGGACAUAGUUUGACAGUUGCACUUACAACAGCAGGCCAUGUCUACACUAUGGGCAGUCCUGUUUAUGGUCAACUAGGAAAUCCACAUGCUGAUGGCAAGCUUCCCACACGUGUUGAAGGAAAACUCUUCAAGAGUUUUGUGGAGGAGAUUGCUUGCGGUGCUUAUCAUGUUGCAGUUUUAACUUCAAAAACUGAAGUUUACACUUGGGGCAAGGGAGCAAAUGGUCGAUUAGGUCAUGGGGAUACAGAUGACAGAAACUCCCCGUCGCUGGUGGAAGCCCUGAAGGACAAGCAAGUCAAGAGUAUUGCUUGUGGUACUAAUUUUACCGCGGCUAUCUGCCUUCAUAAGUGGGUCUCAGGUGUUGAUCAGUCCAUGUGCUCUGGUUGUCGCUUACCAUUUAAUUUCAAAAGAAAACGUCACAAUUGUUAUAAUUGUGGACUGGUUUUUUGUCAUUCAUGCAGCAGUAAAAAGUCCCUUAGGGCUUCGAUGGCACCUAAUCCCAACAAACCUUAUCGUGUCUGUGAUAAUUGUUUUAAUAAACUAAGAAAAGCCAUUGAAACUGAUGCUUCAUCCCAGUCCUCUGUAAGUAGAAGAGGAAGCAUCAAUCAGGGUCCUAAUGAAUUUAUUGAUAAAGAUGAGAAGUUGGAUUCUAGGUCUCGUGCACAACUGGCAAGGUUUUCUUCAAUGGAAUCCUUCAAGCAAGCAGAAAGUCGAUCUAAGAGAAACAAGAAACUAGAAUUCAAUAGCAGUCGUGUCUCUCCUGUUCCAAAUGGAAGCUCCCAAUGGGGAGCGCUUAAUAUCUCAAAAUCUUUCAAUCCCAUGUUUGGGUCAUCCAAGAAAUUUUUCUCGGCUUCUGUUCCUGGGUCAAGAAUUGUUUCUCGAGCAACAUCGCCAAUAUCAAGACGGCCCAGCCCACCUCGUUCAACAACUCCAACGCCAACACUGGGAGGACUUACCUCCCCAAAGAUUGUUGUGGAUGAUGCAAAAAGGACCAAUGAUAGCCUUAGCCAAGAGGUUAUUAAAUUAAGAGCUCAGGUGGAGAAUCUUACUCGCAAAGCGCAGCUUCAAGAAGUUGAGCUGGAAAGGACAACGAAACAGCUGAAGGAGGCAAUAGCAAUUGCAGGGGAAGAGACUGCAAAAUGCAAAGCAGCAAAGGAAGUUAUCAAGUCUCUGACUGCCCAAUUAAAGGAUAUGGCUGAGAGGCUUCCUGUGGGAGCAGUACGGAACAUCAAGUCACCUACCUUCACUUCUUUUGGUUCCAGUCCUGCUUCCAACGAUAUACUUAAUGUUUCGCUUGACCGACUGACUGUUCAAACAGCAUUUCCAGAACCGGAGUCCAAUGGAUCAAACAAUCAGUUGCUUUCUAAUGGGUCUAGCACUGCCAGUACUCGCACUUCAGGUCAUACCAAACAGGGACAUUUGGAAGCAGCAACACGAAAUGGGAAUAGGACGAAAGAAGGUGAAUCACGUAAUGAUAAUUAAUGGGUGGAGCAAGAUGAACCUGGUGUAUAUAUAUAAUAUAACAC